AUGGUCAAGAGUACAGGAAAGCCCCCCAAGGGCAAGAAGAUCACGCUCAGUGUGGCAAAGAAUUGUAUCAAAAUCACAUUUGAUGGGAAAAAACGCCUUGACCUGAGCAAAAUGGGAAUAACCACCUUCCCCAAGUGUAUUCUGAGAUUAACUGAUGUGGACGAGCUCGAUCUUAGCCGGAACUUGAUUAGGAAGAUCCCUGAUCAGAUCUCCAAGUUCCAGAACCUACGAUGGCUAGACCUGCACAGCAACUACAUCGACAAGCUUCCGGAUAGCAUUGGCCAGAUGACAACUCUGCUCUACCUGAAUGUCAGCAAUAACAGACUGACUACCAAUGGACUUCCUGUGGAGCUCAAUCAACUCAAGAAUAUCCGUACAGUGAAUCUGGGCUUGAAUCAUCUAGACAGCGUGCCCACCACACUGGGUGCUCUGAAGGAGCUCCACGAGGUGGGACUUCAUGACAACCUGCUAAGUGCCAUCCCACAGAGCGUCUCCAAACUCCCCAAGCUUAAAAAGCUCAACAUAAAGAGAAACCCUUUUCCCAAGACUGAUGAAGCAGAGGAGUUUAUAGAUAACAUCAAGAGAUUGGAUAAGUUAUAUCUGGUGGAAGAAAAAGAUCUAUGUGGACCUUGCCUCAGAAAAUGCCAACUGGCCCGAGAAAAGAUAAACAAAAUCAAGAACAUGGCCGGGCCAGCACCAAAAAAGCCCAUCUUCUCUAAUUUGAUCUCACCCAACUCCCUGGCCAAGGAAUCCCAAGAAGACUGGAGGUGA